AUGGGUCGCACGGCUAUUGUUGCGGCGAUCUACGCCCUUGCUGUGAGCACCUUCGGCACAUCAUAUGUGCGCGCGGAGGCAUAUUUCUCUUCCUUAGAGUCAGCGAGUUCUGGCAGGCUCAGCGCUCGGCAAAGUUCAGACUUGAUACUGGAUCAAACCACUGCUCUCGACAUGCAUAACACCGCCCGUGCCAACGUAGGGGUUCUCCCGCUUGUUUGGGACGCGGCCUUGGAAGCCGAUGCCCAGGAGUACGCCAACUAUAUCGCCUCAAUUGACAGCUUGGUACAUUCCACUGGCUCUGGGCAAGGGGAAAAUCUAGCAUUUCAACGGUCAUCAAGCGGUGUUCGUUUUCCUCUCUCUGUUUCUACCAAUUCCUGGUUACAAGAAGAGGUUAAUUACAACGGCGAAGUGAUCCCAGAAGGGAAUUUCGCUGCAUACGGGCAUUACACUCAAUACUUGCCUGCAGGUAACGUGGUUGGACAGAGGCCCUAUGACAUCUCGUCUUCUUCCUCUUCUUCUUCGUCAACGCAGUCUUUCGAAACAUCCACUUCGACUUCACUUGUGGUCAGCACCACUAGUACCUCAACGUCCUUAUCAAUCACAACUGAGUCGCCAACUUCGUCUACAACGUCAGAGACCUCAACUGCAACUGCCGGCCCAGUCACAACCGAGUCUUCUAGCUCCUCCACAUCUUCGGAAUCCUCAACUGCCUCUGUUGGACCAGUCACGACUGAGUCUUCAAGCUCCUCCACAACUUCGGAAUCCUCGACUGCCUCUGUUGGACCAGUCACGACUGAGUCUUCAAGCUCCUCGACAACCUCGGAAACUUCUACCGAGUCUUCAAGUUCCUGCUCAACUUCGGAAUCCUCGACUGCCUCGGCUGGACCAGUGACAACCGAGUCUUCUAGCUGUUCCACAAGUUCGGAAAUUCCGACGGUGACCGCUAGUUCCUCUACGGGUAUUUCCAGUCCGAUUACCACAGUCCCAGCCCCCCCGUACCCGAUGAAUUCGACAACUGCGCUCUCUACUGCAGAGACCAGCCCAGUAUUCACAUCCGUAACGACUUUCGAGACGUCCUCUGGAUCGGUCGAUCCAACAGCCGCAGACACAACCCUUGUCUAUCCGACAGCCCCAACUUAUAAUGCGGUCACUAUUCCCACAAGUUACAUGACAUAUAAUUCCAAAAAGAGUACAUAUACUUCGACUUAUGCUGUCACAACCACCUACGCGAUCAACUUAUGCCAUCCGCGCGUUACGAAUUGUUCCGUGUAUAAAUCGACUACAGAGGUUCAUACUAUUACUACUACCUGGUGCCCAGAAGACACACAACAGCCUACCGUCUAUGGAAACCACAAAGUGCCAAAACCUACAAGGUCUGCUGAGCCUCACGCGCAGAAUUAUCCUUCCAACUUUGGGCCUGGGAAAAGCCACCCGGCCAACACUGAAGGCACGGACCCGGUAGCGCCAGGACAAGGCCAUCACCCUGCAGCACAGCAUCCGGAUUCAAAGAGCGAUCCUGCCUCUGCAUCCACCUUCACUUCAGCAUCCGAUGCAGAGGAGCAUGUGGAUCCGCCAGACAACGAUGCAGCGGCGAGCGGGAAUCUACCGCAGCCUGCUGUGAUCAUUCCCACCGCUCCGAUACUUCCCAGCAACCCCACGAGAGCUAACUCUGCCGUCACUGGCGCGACUUUGGUGGCUGCUGCUGGUGUAAAUGAGAUUUCGCCAGAGAGUAUCGUCGAGCCUGGUCCGUCGGGCGUUGAUGAUUCCACAAAUAACGAGGCCACUCAAGCUGCCACUACGCCUUCUCUGCCCAGCUACGUUACUGCAGCAGCAUCCAAAGCCGAUGUUUCUUACUUGUGUAUCUUGAUUGGUUUUACUACUGGAUUCAUCAUGUACGGAUAA